CACCCGAAAUAACCUCACGAUAUAAAAUGGAGCCGUAAGUAACAAGUUCUCUGAUUUGCCCCGUCUCAAGUCUUCCUUACCCCCCCACCUUCUCCUUCUCCUUCUCCUUCUCCUUGCCCACACCAACCAGCCAUGAAAUCCUUCGCCGGAACCCGCUUCAUACUCCUCCAACCAUCUCUCCCCAAACACAACACCGCCGCCGCCGCCUCCGCCGCCUCCGCCAUCACACCACCUUCCUCCGCCCACCACCGCCUCUUGCUCGUCGCCCUCAUCUCCCUCUUCGCCCUCGCCUCCAUCCUCACCCUCCUUUCCUCCACCUCCGGCGAAUCCCCUUCCCUCCUCCGCGCCACCGCAUCCCUCUCCCCCAUUACAACUCCCGUUCCGGCGACCCCUCUUCACCCGAUCCUCUUCGAUUCCCUCCUCCACUACGCCACCCAAUCCGCCUCCAACGGCCGCAUGUCGGACCUCGACCUCCGCUCCAUUGCGGCGGUCCUCCGCCGCCGCGGCCCCUGCAAUCUUCUCGUCUUCGGUCUCGGCCCUGAAAGCCUCCUCUGGCGCUCCCUCAACCACGGCGGGCGCACCGUCUUCGUCGACGAGAACCAGUACUACAUCUCCCAUUACGAGGAGCGCCAUCCCGGCCUCGAGGGCUAUGAUGUCGCCUACACUACGAAGGUGAGCGAGCUCGGAGAACUGAUCGCCGCCGUGCGGAAGCAGAUCGGCGGCGAGUGUCGGCCGAUACAGAAUCUUCUAUUUUCGGACUGCCGGCUUGCCAUCAAUGAUUUGCCGAACCAUUUGUACGAUGUGGGGUGGGAUGUGAUACUCGUGGAUGGGCCGAGGGGGUACUCGCCGGCUAGCCCGGGGAGGAUGUCGGCGAUCUUCACGGCGGCGGUGUUGGCGAGAUCUGGGGGUGCGGGGCCAACGGAUGUGCUGGUGCACGAUUAUGAGAGGGAGGUGGAGCGGGUGUGCAGCGCGGAGUUUUUAUGCGGUGAGAACCUUCUGGGAGUUGCAGGACAGCUCGCGCAUUUUGUGGUGCGGGGUGGUGGCGCGGCGAGGAAGGAUGAUUUCUGCUUCAACCGGACAGCGACGGCGGUGGCGAUGUUGUAGGAUCUGGUUUGAUUAAUUAAUUAAUUGAUUACAGCUUUUGUGUUUUUCUUUUUAUUUUAUUUUUUGUAAUUUUUUUGUACGAACUACUGUAAGGAAUAUGGCACAUAAAUGUGGCGGUUGUUAUAUUGUGAUGA